AUGGUUCGGAUAACCACAAUUCUAUCUAGGGUUCCCGUUAUUAAAUUCCGCAAAGGUGGCGGUGGAUCCCACGCACCACCUGCAGCCGCCACAGCAGCUCCUGCAGCUGCAGCGCCUCAGGCGUCUCCUCAAGCUCAACCGAGUGCCGCAAUGAGUACUGCAUCUAUAUCAGACAUAGAUCUUCCUGCUCGCUACAGACGUCUGCCACUUUCCCAAGAAGAGAUUGAUCACAUCAACGGCGGCGGAGUUGUUUAG